AUUAUCACAGAAGUGUAAAUUUCCAAUUUUAUUUUUAUUUUUAAUGUUUUAAGUGAAAUUUUGAAUUUAUUUCGGUCACUUUUGGUUGCCCGUCAAAGAUUGAAUAUUUUACGCGCGUGCAAGCUACAUCUCGCAGUUCCGACGUAAACGUACUCCACUCGCGCCCCAUCGCCGUCAACCGGCCGUCAACAACAUGAGAGAACUCAAUUUUCGCGCACACUUACCACAGCACUAUUUCUGUUUGCGAAUACUAUUACUGGGUCUGUCUCCGUCCGAUCAGAAGAAGAAUGACGCUUGAAAUCCACUUCUGCAGUGCAGUAGUAGUUUUCGAGUGACCAGAAGAAAACCACACAAUGCCAAAAUGCGGACUGCAUACCAAAUAUUUGCCGGCGACGUUUGCAUGGAUACUGCUACUAGGGACGACUGGGGCUUUUUUUUAUUAUCCAUGUCGAUUUUUUGCUCAAUUUUAUCCAUGGGUUCCGCUCGUUCAUGGCAUAGUGACGUUUUUUGUUAUAGCAAACUUCACGUUGGCAACGUUCAUGGAUCCAGGUGUAAUACCGAAAGCACCAGAAGACGAAGACACCGGUGAUGACUUCCAGUCGCCUUUGUAUAAGUCUACAGAAGUGAACACAAUACAAGUGAGAAUGAAAUGGUGUUCCACGUGCAGAUUUUACAGGCCACCAAGAUGUUCUCACUGUAGUGUUUGCAACUGUUGUAUAGAAACGUUUGAUCAUCAUUGCCCAUGGGUAAAUAAUUGUAUUGGUCGCCGAAACUAUCGCUAUUUCUUCUUUUUUCUUAUAUCACUAAGUAUACACAUGGCGUCUAUAUUUGGUGUUUGUUGUUGGUAUAUUUUAUACCAUAAAGACAAAAUCGGAGACAUUGAUACUUUAGUAUCAUUAACAUUGUGUGGCUUAGUAAUUAUUUUGUUCAUACCAAUAUUUGGUUUGACUGGAUUUCAUGCUGUAUUAGUUGCUCGUGGUCGAACAACUAAUGAACAAGUCACCGGAAAGUUCAAAGGGGGUUACAAUCCAUUUUCACAUGGCUGUCGUCUAAACUGUAUAAUUAUUUUAUUUGGACCUCAGUUUCCUAGUUUGUUGAAAGUGAAAACUUCCAAGUAUCAAAAACAUAAAAAACAAAUUCAGAACAGUUUUAAUGUACCUCCGCCAUUAUUAACAAAAGAAGAUAACUGUGGUCCACCUGUUGCUAAAACUUAUUUGGAUAAUAGCAAUGGCUUACAUCAUUCUUCAAAUAAUUAUAAUAAGAUGUCACCAGGAAGAGACUGUUUAGAGCUAGAUAUUGAAUUAACUGCUUCACAGUCACAAGACUGUGAACCAACACCGCCAUUACAGCGACAAGGCUCAAAAAACAAUUUCUAUUUACCCUCGUAUGAUACAACUGAUAGUGCUAGGAUGUCUUAUGUGACACGGACAGCUCCUCACCCAUCUCGACCUAGAAUGAAUGAAAUGGGCAACAGUUUGUCAAGAGAAACCAUGAUAGAUUCAAAUCGUCAAUCCAACAUCAUUAUGCAAAGUCCAACAAUGCAGCAAAGAAUGAAAGCUAUCGGGGUACCCACGGCGUUGGCACUGUCUAGUCCAUUAAGGCGAUCUAACCCUGGAACUCCGACUCAAGUGAAACGACCUGAUUUUAUAGGAGUUAGUUCUGCUGCUAAACAUUAUGAAUAUCAAGAACGUAGUCCACAACGGCGUUUUUUGUCUGAAGGUGACAUUUUACGUGAGCAUGAACGUCCACCUUCUUAUCCACGUAUAAAUAAUACAGUUGACAAUAUUCAAGAAUUAGCCGGAUCACCGCAAAGAGGUGUUUAUACAUGGAAAGACACCCCUGGGGCAACUGGUUCUUACUAUGUCCCCCGACAGGCGCCUACAUUCAACUAUUGUGCAGCACAUAAUGAUUAUAGAUCUAAUCCAACUAGUCCAACAACAAAAACAUAUUAUCCUGUUCGCGGGGGUGUUCCUGUUUAUCCACCUCAACCGUCACCUGUAGGCAAGAAAAAACCUCCUCCAGUACAGACAAGGAGACCUAUGUCCUUUGCCAGGGCGUUGGACCAUGAUGCAAUGGAGAUGUCAAUUAAUAGAGGAAACAGUACUGAUAAUGGAAGUCCUGAUCGUAAAAGUGCUUAUGACAAAAACUAUGAAAUAUCUGUUUAAAUGUGUUGUUGAUAGCUUUCUUUUUAACUUUCCAGAAUCUUUUUAUGUUACGUUAAAUUAUUGUCAAGUGCAUUCUCUGAAUAGAUUGAAAUUAACUGUUGUAAAUAUAAUAUAUAUAUUUUUUUUAAGGCCCAUCAAAAGCAAAUAUAUUACUUACAAAGUUGUGUGUUACAGGGUGUUGUAGAAUAUUGUGUUAAAAAUAGUGAAUAAUUAUGUUUAUUUGAAGUUUAGCCAUUUCAACUUUAACUUUAUUGUCAUUACCAAUUAUUUAUAUGUUAAUUUUAAUGGUAGAACAAUUAAUUAUAAAAUCUAGUCAUAAUUUUUGAAAUAUUACAUUGUAUAAUACCUUUAACACUUGAUAUACAACUUAUAUAUUUAAAGAAAUAUGUUUGUACCAUAAUUUAUUGUAUGUAAAUAAUAACAUUUAUAAAAUAUAAACAUUUUGUUUACAAAUAAAAAAAACAAUAACUUGAUGACAUAAUUUAAUAAUAAAUUAUAUGUCUAUAGUUUAAGUAUAUGGAUAUUUUGUUAACUAUUACCAGAUAUUAUGAUUAAUAAGCAUGGCAUUUUUUUCUCUUAAUUUGUUGGCAUACAUAUUUCUAUAAGCACCCUGUACUGUUUUUAUAGUUUUUACUAAUGUUGUGACUUUUGUUUAUACUUAAUUGAUUUCUCAAAAUUUGUAUUUAAAAAAAAAAAAAACAAUUAAAAUGAUUAUAGACAUUUUACUUAUAAUUUGGUUUUUGAAUAAAUAAAUAAAUAAAUAUGUUUAUGAAUUACCUAUAAAAUAAUAGGUUAAUAAUUAACCGUUCAAUUUUUAUUAAUGUUAUAAAUUAUUAUUUACAGUUUUCAAUUAACAGUUCAACACAACAAUAUAGGAUAUACACACUGACUCAUUCAUUUUGACGACCUUCAGGUGGAAUUUCAGGUGCAUUUCCGCCCCAAUUAAAUCCUCCCGGGCGAAACUCUGGCGGUGGCACAUGAUCCUCUUCUGGCGCUGGAUCAAGAAGGUGUUUU